AUGUCCGCCUCGACGAGACUACACAGCAUACGCGCCAUGCGCUGCACCACUCCGGCAGCGCGCGCCAUCACGUCGGGCCUGCCGGGCCGUGGUCGAGCCGCCCCUCUCGUGCGGUUCUGCCUCACGCCGCAACAACAGCCGCAGCAGCAGCAGCAGCAGCAGCAGCAGCAGCAGCAGCAGUCCGGAUACCGAUACCACAGCCUAGGUGGGCAGCGCAGAUGGGGGUCGACGACGAGCCAGCGGCCCACUGCUGCCACCGGAGGAGCGCAGCACGCCGGGAAGAACAAGGGGCCGCCGCCGCCGCGCCGCCCGACGUUUGGCGAGGUCCUGCGCCGCCUAUUCAGGGACAGCCUGGGGAGCCUCUCGCGCGCCGUCCGCGGCGAGAACUUUCGCGCCAUCUUCCGGCAGCACCCUGGGGAGAUGGGGCUGGCGUUGAUAUCGCUCGUCGUCAUGGCCGGCGUCGUGGCGUACACGGUGCGCAUCUACUUCACCUACUUCUACUCGGAGCAGUUCACGACGCUGCCGGCGCCCGUGGCCGACGCGAUGCGGCGCGCGCUCUACUACAGCAACUACGCGCCCGACCCCAAGCUCGCGCUCAAAUACUACCGCGAGGCCAUUGAGCGCUGCGUCCAGGCCGGGCUCGACCCCUUCUCUGACGAGUUCAUGGGCGUGCGCAUCCAGGUCGCCGCCUGGCUCGAGAAGAUUGAGCGCUACGACGCCGCCAUCCGCACCCUGACAUCGCUGCUGGACGAGUGCAGGCGCUGGGUCGCGCUGGCGGAGGAGCGGGGCAUGAAGGAGCUGCCCGUGGUCAUGCCUGCGGCGACCGAGGGGCAGGAGGAGGGAAAGAAGGGGGAGGAGGCGGCUGCGCCUCGGCAAAAGAAGGAGACGGUCUGGGGCAAGCGCAACAGGAUCCUGCGCAGGUCCAUCGGCAUCAGCGUCAAGCUCGGCGAGCUCUACUCGGACCAGCACGUGCUCGAGCCCGAGCUGGCCCACGAGAGCCUCGUGUGGGCCGUCGAGGCUGGCCUGAGGGAGAUGCGCCGUCGGUCCGUCGAGGGUGUCAAGGAGGGUGAGGGCGAGUGGCUCAACGCCGAGGAGAUGGGCGGAGCUCUGGAGGCUCUCGGGACCAGUUUCUUAUCCAAGGACCAGGCUCACCUUGCCGUGCCCGCAUUCCUGCAAGCGCUUCAUCUCUGCCAGGAUCCCUGCCACAGCGCAGUGAUAAUGAACAACAUCGCCGCAUCCUUUGUUCAGCACCCUCUGCACACUCCAUUGGUGGAUCCUCUUGGGCCGGCAGAGAGUGCGGGGCCUGCCGGCAGCGGUGGUAACAAGGGGGCUGUGCUGGGCGAUGGCGGUGCUAAAACCAGCGACGCAAGCAAAUCCGCGAUGGCUGCCCCUGCGCCUACGGCGGCGGCGGCGACGAGGGCCACCUACCUAGAGCACGCCGGCAACUGGGCCGACAACGCGCGGCGCCUCGCCGCCGAGACGAGCGGCGACAAGCGCACCCCAGAGUGCGACCAGGCCUGUGCCGUGUCGCUAUGCAACCUCGGCGAUAUUGCCAAGAUGCUCGGCGACGCCGCCGGGGCGCGCCGUCGGUUCGACGAGUGCAUCGCCCUAAGCGAGCGCAUCGGCUUCGACGACGGGGUCAGGCAGGCCAAGGCGGGGUUACGGGCGCUGGACAGGUAGGGAUGGGCAGCGAGCGGCAGAAACAAGAUACCCAUUCCCAUUGCCGAAUGGCCAUGAAAUGGACUGUUAAGUUGGAAGAGGGCCGCAGCGCGCGGCCACGGCAUUGGGAAACUCGAGCCGAUGCUGGGGUCGGGACUCGAUAAUGCGAGGGGCCGGUUCCACAUGGUCACGGUCGGUCCCGCAGUUGGCAGCUACGAAGAGGGCGGGCUGCUCCAUCUGCUGUCAAUCAGGAGCAGCAGGCAACUCGCUCUCCCGGCAGGCAAGUGACUGGAUGGGUGUCUGCCAGUCAGAUGCUCAUGGGCUACCGGAGACCAGAAGGCCGUGGGGGGAUGCCCGCCGCGGCGAGCACUCGUCCUAGAUGGGCGUGUGUCUACUAGCCCGGCCAUCACGACACAUGGCGGCGCCUGGCGCCGUCGGGACGGGGUCCGGAGCAAGAAGUCGGUACAGCAAAGAAGGACCCCUCGAUGAAGGUCCAUGCCGCUUCCUCGGCUGGGAUGCCGAAGCACUGGCGUGGCUGUCAUGUCCCACACCACUCCACUCUGCAGGAUAUAGACUACCUAGUCAGUACCGUACCCAGAUAGGCACCCAGAUAGUUACUAGAUGGGUGCCGUAUGCAAUGCAAGGCUAGUUUAGUCCAUGAUGGGGCUAUAUUGAGCCCUGCAGCCCGUACGUCUAGACGACCCAGCCCAACGGCGCGGCGGCUGUGCCGAUGGAUAUCUCCCCCACCCCGUCAAGCUACCU